AUGCAGGAAGCCAAGAUGGCCCCAUCAGAGGAUAGAGAGCCCUCAAUAAUGGUCCAACAGGAAGUAUAUCCAGAUCCACAUGUGGACCCGAGGGAGGCGUUGGAGGAGCAGGGGGACUCUGCUAGGAGACAUGACCCAAGUCCCGAGGACAACCCACAAGCAACGGACCCAAGCCAAGGUGCCGCCAAUAUGGAAAGAAACAACAUUCCUCUUGGGUUGUCCUUCCCAAGAAAGCUUUGGAGGAUCGUGGAGGACGACACCUUCAGGUCUGUGUGCUGGAGUGACGAUGGAGACACUGUGAACAUCGAAGAAAACCUUUUCCAGAGGGAGGUUCUUUGCCGGAGGGGUGAGGACAAAAUCUUUGACUCAGACAGCCUGAAGAGUUUCAUCCGCCUACUGAACCUCUAUGGAUUCAGCAAAAUACAUCCAGGCCACUCUUCUGUUCGCUCUGCAGGGAACAAGAUGAUGACCUACAGAAAUUCCAACUUCCAGAGAGACAAGCCUUGGGUCAUCGAGAACAUUGAGAUGAAAGGCAGCGAGAUGACUCUUGCUCGUCGAGAGCGCAGCACAGCCCCUCUAAAGAAAAAGAAGUUGCUGGCCCCUACAAGACACUCCCCACGGAUUCACCACAAGGGAGGCACCAAAGAAGCUGAUCAAAAGGCCGAGAAGAUGUCCCGGAAUGUUUGGGGACCCAGUGGUAUCCGGUCAUUCAAGUUCUCGUGUCUGCGGUCCUUGGGAAGUUCCACAAAAGUCCAGUGCCCAAGUGAGCCAGGUGGUCCAAGUGGGGAGGGCACAUCUGGGAAUGUAAUGUGUGUGCCCACGGCUACUGCCAAAACCAACGGCACAGGGGAUCUGCCCACCAGCACCCCAAAUUCUCUACUACAUAGUUCUGUGAUGUCUUUGUACAACACCUGUUAUUCCAUCCUGAUGGCUGGCCUUUCAGUCAUGGCCCCACCCGAGGACUCAGAAGAGGAUGAGGAAGAGGUGGAGGGCUCCUCAGAUUACAAGUGUGCACUGUGUGAGCAGUUCAAGGACAAUGCAGAUCCCUAA